GCGCGUAGUGACGUCUACAGCGUGACAGUUUUGUUGAUUGGUUUUCCAGCGGAAAAGAAAGUCUAACAGCGGAUUGUCGGACCGCCUUUUUCAGGACUUAUAGCAACCUGCCAAGUUCCCACCUGACUGCCUUCAACCAGGGGGGUUGAAGCACACAAACCAGCACAAUGUCCUACGGAAAACCAGACAGCUAUCGUACCCCUCCCCGAGACUUCAACAGCCUCAUACAGACAUGCAGCUCCAACAUUCAGAAAAUCACACAAAACACGGCCCAAAUCAAAAGCAUGGUCAGUCAGCUGGGGACGAGGCAGGACAACAGUGAACUCCAGGAUAAACUCCAACAAAUACAACACUAUACAAACCAGCUUGCAAAAGAGACCAACAAACACCUGAAAGAUCUGGGAACCCUCUCUCUCCCCAUGUCCUCCUCUGAACAGAGACAACAGAAGAUCCAGAAGGACCGGCUGAUGAACGACUUCUCGGCAGCGCUGAACAACUUCCAGGCCGUGCAGCGACGCGCAGCGGAGAAGGAGAAGGAGACGGUAGCCAGGGCCAGGACCAGGGCUGGCUCACGCCUCUCGGCUGAAGAUGGCGGCCAUGACGAGCAGCUUGUUUCUUUCGAUAACCAAGAUGAUUGGGGUCAGACCACCACACAAACGGAGGAAGUGGCCAUUACAGAAGAGGACCUGGAGCUCAUCAAGGAGAGAGAGACUAACAUCCGACAGCUGGAGUCAGACAUCCUAGACGUGAACCAGAUUUUUAAAGACCUCGCUGUGAUGAUCCACGACCAAGGAGAAAUGAUCGACAGCAUAGAGGCGAACGUGGAGAACGCAGAGGUUCAUGUAGAGAGGGGAGCAGAACAGCUUCAGAGAGCUGCAUACUACCAGCAAAAGUCGCGUAAGAAGAUGUGCAUCCUGGCCAUGGUGCUGUCCAUAGCACUCACCAUUCUGGGGAUCAUCAUCUGGCAAGCGGCCAAGUGAAGAGGUCCUUAAUUAUCUCUGUCCACCUUUUUCACCAUUUGUUUCUCUCAUCCUCCACAAAACAAAACGACAUACUCAGACUCGGUUCUUUAUCAAGUGAUUCCCUUCCCCGUCAAACCUAGUCUUGCUUUCCCCAAAAACACCACUGUGCUACAUCCAUCGUGAAAUGAUAGAUAAAUGACAGAGAAAGAUGAGAGAAGAGUGAAGAGAGAUUUUGAAAUGCACGUAUUUUAUUGGAAUGGUUGUAGUGCAGCAACACUUUUCUGAAAUGGAACGCUGCUUGAUGCACUGGGGUGAAUUGCCGUAGACAGUCAGUCUGUACAAGCAUUAAGCAGGCUUUUCCUCCUUCCUUUUCCAUCUAAGGCCAAGCUCAUUUUUCUGUAAUUCUAUUUAUGUUCAUGUGAAAGAGCAGGGCUGCGUGAGAAGACUGGAGCGGGAGUGUCUAUGAUAAAAUUAUUAAUUAAUCUAACAUCUUGAUUAUUAUCUACUAUUUACUGCACUAACACUAGCAUUGUCGUAACCACAGAGGCAAAUUACUGUUCAUGUUGCUAUUUAAUGAUGUUAUAAAAUAAAAAAAAGGGUUGUGGAUUGCAAAUUUCAAAGCGAAUAUUGCUUUCCACACAAAUACUUGUAAAUUCCACUUUUUGAAGCUGUAGAUUGUCGUUCUUUUAUUUUUAUUAUUCUUUUUUUGUAAAACUUUACGUUGCAAUAUUGAUAACUUCACAAAUUGCCACACUCCACAAAAGUAGUUCUGCUAAAUAAAAUAAAUAUUAAAAAAAUCAUAUUUUAACAAAGAAGCAACAGAGAUUAGCAUAGCUAGCAAUUACAGAGAGUGCUUGCUGUAGCUGUAUAAGUUAGCAUUCAUAAACUAUUGUCCCAUAUGGAAAAAAAGUAUGUCAUGAAUUUGGACUGAGUGCCCAUGUUGUAAAUUAUGGUGACUUUUGAAGUGCUUAAUAUAUGGUGGUGAUUUCUGCAAAUGUCUUGUAAAACUGACGUCUCAAAUGGAUUGUUGUAAGGAAUGAUUUGGAUGUGUACAUAACCAAAAUGGGAAAUGUUUCUUGAUAAGAGGUUGUAAAAAAAAAGAAACGGACCUACACUUUUAAAACAAGCGAAAAUGAUUGUCUACUUGUUUUUUAUUAUUUCUAUUUCUUCUAGAAUAUUAGUAAAACUGUCUUAAGAACAA